AUGGCAAAGAUCGAGCAGUUCAGCAAUCAAGAUUUGUCUAACACAUCCUGGGCCUUUGCCAAGUUAGCGAUCUCCAAUGCCAUGAUGAUGACGGUCAUUGCCAAGAAGCUUGUAUCGAUGGUGAAGGAUUUGAUCCCCCAGGAUCUGGCCAACACGGCCUGGGCCUAUGCAACCCUGGGCUUACCGGACAGCCAUUUGAUGGAUCAGAUUCUGGCCGAGGUGGUGUCGAAAGUCAAUGACUUCACCACUCAGAAUUUGUCCAACACUGCCUGGGCUUAUGCAAAGCUUGGACUUUGGAAUGAUCGACUCAUGCAGACGCUGGCACAUGCCAUCGUGCGGAAGAUUGGAGACUUUGAUGGUCAGGGCUUGGCCAAUGUGGCGUGGUCCUUCGCGGUCUUGGGCUUCAAAUGUCCCAAGCUCUCGGAGGCCAUCCUCUCGGCUGCCCGGGUGAAGAUCGAGUCACUGUCUCCUCAGGAGCUGGCGAAUCUCGCUUGGUCGUGGGACGUCACCGGAGAGACCGAGCGGUUGCGGGUCUUCUUGCAGUUGGCCAUCCCGCGUUUCAUCGCCAUCGAGGGCUUCUCGGAUGUCGCGGCCACCACUGACCUGGUCAACAUCGCCAAGCGUCACGAAUACCAGUGUGAAGGUCGCAGACCAUUGGAGACGGAAUUUCGCCGACGUCUCUUUCAGCCCUUGCUGAAAGCACUUCAGAAAUGCGCCAGCGCCGGGCUUCACAUCGUUGAUGCCGUGGAUGAGUUGGAGACCGAAGUGCAGCGGGUUGGACUUACGAACUUUGGCUAUGUGUACGCUCGGGAUGCCAUUGGCGAUCUAGGUUUUCGAAGCCGGCCCAGCGACGGAGCCACAGCUCCCGACUGGGUGCUGGAAGCUCGGGCGUUGGCUCGAAAAUACCUGGAAGAAUGGCGGAUGCCUGGUACAGAGAACAUUGUGGCCGUCGUGUCCUAUGAGCUCUGCUACCGUGGUGAGAUCCUGCGGCAGGAGCCCAAGGUGGUGACGAACGGCUGGGCGGAAGGAGUUCAUGAUGACGUGAAGGCCAUGUUACGGCCGGUCGAUGCGCGCGGCUGGUCGUGCGAAUCCUACAGCGAACGAGUCGCUCUGCUAGAGCUGCUAGAGGCAGCUCGAUGCCAAUUUGGUGAUGACUCGAUCUCCGAGAUGUCGGGGUGGCUUCGCAUGUACCAUUCGCAUCACACCAGCGUGACUGGCUUCAGCAUUUUCUGUCAGUUUCGGAGACAGGUUCCUCAGGUCGACUUCGAGCUGGACUACGAUGGUGGCUGGUACACCUGGGCUGGAAAGCCGCGACCGUUAAUGACGCUCUCCGGCGUGACAAAGCAGGAGGCAUUUUGCUGGAUCUUAUUUGGCUCCUCCAAUGCAACGACCGUGAUACGCUUUGCGCACGGAGAACCUUUAUUACAAUUGCUUCUGGCGCUUUUCACUUAUUGGAGUCUUUAUUCUGCCUCGGCAGACUACUCCACGCGCUUCAACACGGAUGGAUUGGACCACGGGCUCUUCUACAUGCUGCUUGCGAUUUGCAUCUUUGUUAUGGAUGUGAAUUGGACAGGCAAUAUACUGGCGUCUGGCAAUGCAGCCGCCCGUUCGCUGCACCUGUCCUUCUUGGCAGGAUGCUACUUGCUGCUUGGCUUGAUGCACCUCAGGGUGGCACUUGGUCUCCGAAGAUGUCGCAAGUUUGCCGUCUAUCACAUGCUUCUCAAUGUGGUCAGUGUGAUCUUCUAUCUGGUGGCUGCGCGCAGCUCUGAAACUUCUUGCAAGGUGCUGUGCUGGUUUGCCUGUGCGCCGCUCUUCUUGCUCAGGACCUGUGGGAUUCCUUUUAUCCAACACAUCGACCAGAUCACGAAGCAGAGAAAUGCUCAAGAUUACAUCAAUCGAGCGCAGUCGGUGAUGAUCACCACUCUGGCUUUGGUGGUGAAGUGCGUGGUGAAAGGAGUGAAGCCAGGCGAAAUUGGGAUCGGCAACUGGGACCUGCUACUUUUGUCACUGGUGUUGGUAUUGCUGACAAAGCUUUUGAUGUUUGAUGCUCGAUUUGCCGAUACCAAGUGGCAUGCUGUACGAUGCUUGAAAAGUAGCUGGCGUCCAACCGUCUUUCUAAGCCUUGUUCCUGUGGCUAUGGCCGGGGUGAUGAUGAUGGCUGCGGGAUGCUUUCUCAUACUCGACCUCGAGUUUCAGGACUAUGACCGGGGAGAAGCCCAGAAAUUCGACCGUGAUGCGGGCCAUCAUCUCAACUGGGGUUUUGGCUUGAUGCUUCUGUCAGUGACCGUAAUGCGGCUCCUGCACAACCGCCCGGAGCUUCCUGGGCGCAUUGCGCGGAUGUGGCAGGUGCAGGUGAUCUUUCAGCUGACCUUGGCGUUUAUCUCAUUUUCCUUCCAUGUCACCACAGGCCGUGAGGGUCUCUACCGCGCAGUGCAGUGGACUGCCUUCCUGGUUUUGCUGAACCUCCUUGACUUGGACCAGAUAGACGAAGCACUACACCUUGGCCAGUACAUUAGCAGUUGGAAGACAGUUCGAAGCGUUGGCCACUUGACGCCAGAUGAAGAAUCAACGUGUGUGCCUAGCAGUUCAUCUGAAAGCUCGAGAAGUGAAUCAUCGAUGUCUCAAUCGACUGGCUCACCCUCGCCUGAGCGAGGCCCGUCCUCGCAGCUGGACUUAGAGACUCUGGCAAUGCUCUAA